CUACCAUUAUGACCCUCAUGAGCCCCCGACUGAAGGACUGGCUCGAAAAGGAGCUCAACUUCUUUCGAAUUCAUCUUCUCGUCUUCACCUUUGUCCCUCUCAUCGUCAGCGGGAUCCUCUAUGGCGUGAACGGCGAGUUCCACAUUCCUUACAUAGACUGUCUUUUCUUGUCUUAUUCUGCUUUUACUGUCACUGGGCUCUCCACUGUCAACCUUAGUACCAUGACUGGCUUUCAGCAGGCUAUCCUCUUCGUGCUUAUGAUCUGUGGCGAUGUGACGGUCGUGUCAUGGAUCAUGGUCCUCGUCCGAAAACACUACUUUCGCGUACAUUGCGAAGCCGUCGCGCGCGAAGCACGUAAACGAUCAAGAUCGCUCAAUCUGAAACGCCGACUUCGUCUUUCCCAUCUUUUCCCUUCCAGUAUCACCAACAGACUCAGCGGAGACAACGACGUUCCACAUCUACACGUUCACCAAGCUACUCACGACGAUGCGUAUCUCCGAGCGGAAGAUGGUAUCGGAGGUGCUCUGGCAGGAGGACUCAUCGGUCUAGGGCUUGCCUUGCCAGCCGAGUCGAGACGGUCGCUCGCAGAGUCAGAACACCACGACGAGCUUACUCGCGUCGCAUCGCCAGAGAGGCUUUCGGCGGACAUUCAUCACGAUGACGAUGGCCACGGCGUGAUGGCUGACGUCCAUUCAUUUACGUCCUCGCCCCGCUCGGGUCUCAUGCAGCUUACCACCUCGCCAGAAGUUCGCUUCGCCGAUCUAGCCAGUCCCACUGCAAAGUCUCAUCGCUCGAUACGUUAUCGCAAUGGGCGUGCUAUCACCCGGAAAACCACGGUCAUCGUGCCACCCCGCAUCGAAGAAAAUCCCGACGAACUCGGUAACAGGCCUAAGGAUCAGAACUUAGGCGGUUUCCCGGGUCCCUUCCAAAUUGCCUCAUCCCUUCUCAAGAGAUAUGCACCGUCACUCUAUGACUACGUCCAUCGGGCGCUCACCGUGUCACCAGGCCGUGCUGUGACGAGUGACGCAAAGUCGAAAAACACUAUGAAGUGGCUUCCUCAGAAUUUAUCGGGUUUGAUGGUGGGACGGAAUGGGGACUUCAAUACGGAGGAACUUACGGACGACCAACUGGAGGAGCUUGGUGGACUGGAGUAUCGGGCGCUGAGAGCGUUGAGCUAUAUCGUCAUGAUUUACUUUGUGGGAACGCAACUGAUCUCGUUCAUUUUGAUUGCUCCUUGGCUUUCAACCACCUCGGAGUAUGACGACGUCUUCGAAGGGCAGCCUCGUCUAGUGCCAAAGGCAUGGUUCGCAGCGUUUCAAGUUGUCGGAGCAUACACGGGUGGAGGCAUGAGUCUUGUCGACGCUGGAAUGGUCCCGUUCCAGCGCGCAUAUCUCAUGGUUUUCGCUAUGAUCUUCGUUAUUCUUUGUGGCAACCACGGUAUGCCGAUAUUCCUGCGAUUGGUUAUCUGGCUCUGCACAAAAUUCGUCGAGGAUGAGUCUACAGCAGAUCAAGCGCUUCACUUCCUGCUAGACCAUCCACGCCGAUGCUUCCUCUACUUGUUCCCGUCGCACGUUACCUGGUUUCUCGCCCUCGCCCUUGUUACUUUCACAGCCAUUGAAUGGUCGCUUUUUGCGAUCUUGAACUCGGGGCUAGACGUCGUAGAGUCUCUAGGUGCCGGAACCGAAGCCGUGGCCGGUUUGUUCCAAUCGUUCGCAGUGAGAGCAUCCGGCUUCUCCAUUGUGUCGAUAGCGAGUCUUGCACCGUCGUUCCAGUUCAUGUGUAUCGUGAUGAUGUAUAUUGCAAUCUAUCCCGUCGCGCUCUCCAUUCGUUCCACCAACGUAUACGAGGAACGCAGUCUCGGUGUCUUCGAAGCCGGCCCCGAGGACGAAGACGAAGAACCUAACCUCCCCGAGGACGGACACAAAUCGAGGAGAGAAAGGAUCGGUAAGUACGUUGGGUGGCACUUGCGAAGGCAGGUGGCGUAUGAUAUAUGGUGGCUUGUUUGCGGAAUAUGGGUGGUCUGUAUUGUGGAACGGACCCGGAUCAUGGAUGAAACGAACUCGCCAUGGUUGAAUGUGUUCACGAUAGUGUUCGAGAUGGUCUCUGCCUUCGGUGGGAUUGGACUCACACUCGGCAUCCCCAACCAAAACUUCGCUCUCUCGGGAGCCUUCUCUCCGGUCUCGAAACUCGUGAUCUGUAUUAUCAUGUUGCGAGGUCGCCACAGAGGCUUGCCAGUCGCCAUCGAUCGCGCCAUUCUUCUCCCGGACGAUCUCAUACCGAACAAAGACACAUCCGGGACCAAUGGCGAUACCGCGCAGCCAGACUCGGACCUCUCGAACAUCAUCGUGGAGCAAGGACCGCUGCCCGACGCGCCAAGCGCAACGGAGCCUAGCAUGUCGGACGAGAAGUUCAGCCGGGACCUCGAGAAGGGCGGCAUGCACUCAUAGGGGGUACGUUCGUGAGCCAUGGAGGCCUUGUGCGGUCAGAGCUUGAAGAGGGAUGUUGUUGUCCGGAGUGGGAUGGUUUUCUUUGUCUGUAAUAUAUUUUCACCUCUGCAUCGACUAGAUUUAUUUAGAAACGCUCACUAUAUGUUACUCUAAUACCAUAAUUA